GUUGUGUGUAUUGAUUUGAGCCCCUGCAACUCUGCUAACCUUUCGCCGUCUUCUGCGUCCACUUGGCUCCUCUCUCUCUCUCUCUCUCUCUCUCUCUCUCUCUCUCAAAGUUCUUCACUUUCUUCGAGUCAGUUAGGAGCUUUAAAAGAUCAAACUUUUGGUGACUUAUAUUAUGAUUUACAACCGUGUUUACACAUUUUUAAUGCAUUUGGAUUAGCGUUCUUUUGCUGCUUCGAGGAGCUCAGAUUUUCUCAAAUUCCCCCUUCCUUCCUAAUUGAUCUGCUGUCGAGUUUCUCCAUUGAUUACUGGGUGGCAAGGAUUUUGAGCUUUUAGUCGAGUUUCAACUGGGUUGUUGCGGUGUUUUCCCACUACUGUUCAUUAAUUCAGAAAAAAAAAAAAAUCUCAUCUUGGAUUUUCUGGGUUUUAAGUUAAUGAUUAGAGAAGCGGAAAAGCUCCAUUUUUUGCAAUUUUUUAAGUUUAAAGAGGCUUAAUUUGCCUUUUUUUUUUGGGGAUCUUUGGGAGCCAUUAAAGAAUUAGGUUGACUGGUGCUUUAUAUUUAUUUAUAGCUUUGAUUUUUAUAUGUAAAUCUCACUGAUUAGUGAUAAGGACUGCUGUUUUUUUCAAAAAAGUAUUAUGUUCUGUAAAUUAUGUAACUGUAAAAGGAGCACUCUUUAGCCUUUCCUUUCUUUUAUUUCCCUUGUCAGUUGUACUAACAACUGGGAAUUGUCUUAUUGUGGGGGGUUUUGUCAAGCUUUUAGUCUUGAAAACUUAACAUGUUUUUGGGUUCUUUGAACAUGUGCUAGAGUUAAAAGACUAGUGUUUGGAAGGCACUAAUAAUGGCUAACUGAUUGAAAUUUGGGUAAUUUGUUUUUAAGAAAAGUGGUGCCAACUUCACCAUGCCUUUAUCUGAGCUAGUGUACCGUUUGGCUAAAGGAAAGCUUGAUUCUUCUCAGGAGAAGAAUCCCACAUGCUCAACUGAUCUAUCUUCUGAACCUGAGACUGAUUUUGUUGAGUUAGUAUGGGAAAAUGGUCAAAUUCAAUCCAGUAAGACAAGAAAGAUCCAAUUCUCGAGUAGUUUUCCAUCUCAAACCUCCAAGAUUAGAGAUAAAGACGUAGCUAAUGGCAGCAACACUAAAAUGGGAAGGUUUGGGGCAAUGGACUCUGUAAUAGGUGAAGUUCCAAUGUCUGUGCCGUCAGUUGAAAUGGGUUUGAAUCAAGACGAUGACAUGGUACCUUGGUUGAAUUAUCCAAUUGAAGACUCUCUACAACAUGAUUAUUGUUCUGAGUUUCUGGCAGAAUUAUCUGGUGUUACUGUAAAUGAAAAUUCCCAGACUAAUUAUGCCUCAAUGGAAAAGAGAAAUUGUGGCAAUCAAUCAGUUAGAGAUCCCUGUCCUGCUUCUGUACGUAAUAGUUUGAGUUUAGAGCAAGGGCAUAUAUCAAGGGUUUCUUCAACAGGGGAUGUUGAUGCUAGUAGACCUAGAACUAGUUCCAGUCAGUUAUAUCCAUCACCAUCACAGCAAUGCCAAACAUCAUUUCCUUAUUUUAGAUCCAGAGUUUCAGCUGGUAAUAGUGAGAGUAUGAGCAAUCUGGCUCGCCAUGCUGCUUCUGGGGAUUCAAUAGGAGUUCCACCUUCAGGAGGUGGUGUUCCUAGUGCGAAAAUGCAAAAACAAGUUCCUGUGUCAUCUGCUACUAAUCCCAGUUUGAUGAAUUUCUCACAUUUCUCAAGACCUGCUGCUCUGGUAAAAGCUAAUCUUUGUAACAUGGGCACAAAAGCUGGUUCAGGAAUAUCAAACAUGGAAAAAAUGGUUAGUAAGGAUAAGGGCUCAAUUGCAAGCCGUAGCAAUCCUGCUGAAUCCAUACUCGCUGACACAUUUAGUGGUUUACGAAAGGACAUAAGCUCCAAUUGCCAUCCUGCUAUGGUGUUACCAAAGGUUGAUGCUAAAUCAUUGGACCCUACGCCUGCUGAGGAAUCCCUUCCUGCAAAGCGACCUGAGGCCUUGGACCAAGAGGAUUGUAAGAGUGAUAAAAACCAUUGCCAACUUGCUGAAAGUACAACCAGAGGAUUGGUGGACGGUGAAAAGACCGCAGAGCAUCUAGUUGCUUCUUCUUCUGUUUGCUCAGGGAAUAGUGUUGAGAGAGUUUCAGAUGAACGAACACAGGAUUUGAAGCGGAAACACCGGGAAACAGAGGAUUCUGAAGGUCCUAGUGAAGAUGUUGAAGAGGAAUCUGUAGGUGCUAAAAAAGCUGCUCCUGCUCGAGGAGGUCCUGGUUCCAAGAGAAGCCGAGCAGCAGAAGUACAUAAUUUGUCUGAAAGGAGGCGACGGGAUAGGAUCAAUGAGAAGAUGCGCGCCCUGCAGGAACUCAUACCAAACUGCAACAAGGUGGACAAAGCUUCAAUGCUUGAUGAGGCCAUUGAGUAUUUAAAGACCCUUCAACUUCAAGUACAGAUUAUGUCAAUGGGAGCUGGUUUAUAUAUGCCAUCAAUGAUGUUGCCCCCAGGAAUGCCUCACAUGCAUGCUGGUCAUAUGGUUCAAUUCUCUCCCAUGGGUGUUGGAAUGGGAAUGGGAAUGGGAAUGGGUUAUGGGAUGGGUAUGCCUGAUAUGAUUGGUGGAUCCUCUGGUUGCUCUAUGAUUCAGGCGCCUCCAAUGCAUGGAGCACAUUUUCCUGGCCCGCCAAUGUCGGGGCCCAGUGCUUUGCAUGGGAUGGGAGGAUCUAACCUUCCAAUAUUUGGGCUUUCAGCUCAAGGACAUCCAAUGCCAUACCCAUGUGCACCCUUAAUGCCAGUGUCUGGAGGACCUCUUUUAAAAACUACCAUGGGACUGAAUGCUGGCGGAUUGGCAGGUCCAGUGGAUAAUUUGAAUUCUGGCCCAGGCUCCCGUUCAAAGGAUGCAAUUCAAAACAUUUCACAAGCUAUGCAAAACAGUGGUGCCAAUAGCUCAAUGAAUCAGACAUCUACUCAGUGCCAAGUGACAAAUGAACGGUUUGAACAGCAUCCUUCAGUGCAAAAUAGUGGUCAAGCCUCAGAAGUCACUGACAGGGGAGCUGUGAAGUCAGCCAAUGGGAAUGACAAUACGCCAAAUCAAGUCACCGCAGGUUGCGACUGACCAGCUUUUCCAAUCAUUGUCGUUGAAGAGGUCAACACAUCAUGCCUUCCACAAGGGUCAAGCUCAAGACUUUCAUGGUGACUCUAGGAACACAUGAACAUGCAGAAAAGGGUUCCAGGCGACUGAAUGAUGUUGAAUCUUAGCAAUGAUUAUUUGCACUCCAGUUUCGGCACAGAGCAGUUAUAGUUGGCAGAAAGGUUUUGGUAUGUUGAGGAGACUUUACAGCCUUUUCUUGCUUUUGUAUAUUCACUUACAUGUCAGAAAUAUGUUUUCUUUAGUAGAUCUUUUUAGUACAAAUUCUUUCAAUUAAUGAAAAGAUAGAUACUUUCCAAUA